AUGGAGCACACACACAGCCUCCUCACUCUGGCGCUAUUGUUCAUCUGCCUCACGGUGGCGGAACUGAAACCCUGCAAGGAAGGAUUUCAAAAUGAAAGGGGUGAAUGUAAAGACGUUAACGAGUGCGAAGACGACCCUGGACCUUGUGGCCCAAAUGCAGACUGUAAGAACACUGUGGGACACUUCUACUGCGAGUGCCAAGAAGGAUACAGGACGUCAACAGGAGGAACCAUCUUCAACGCCUCGUCCUCUGAGACCUGCUUAGAUAUCAAUGAGUGCAUGGAGGACAAAAACAUCUGUGGCCCACAUGCUCAAUGCCAGAACACAGCACCAGAUUACCUCUGCCUCUGUGAGAACGGAUACGCCGACUUAUCCAGUGGGAAAAAAAAGUUUUAUAAGGAGGACAAUGUUUCAUGCAGCGACAUUGACGAAUGCGAUGAGAAGGACAUCUGUGGGAAUAAUGCGACAUGUCAAAACUCAGUAGGAAGUUUUUCCUGUGUCUGUGAGGAAGGAUUUGUACAGAGCCUUUCUGGACACAAGCAAUGUGAAGACAUAUGUGUGAUCAAUAACACAAUCUGUGGAAACGGAACCUGCCACCACAAAGCCGGCGGCCAUUACUGCGCAUGUCACUCCGGCUUCUCAAACUACGGAAACGUAACGUCACGCUGCUCUGAAUUAAACUGUGAAAUAUUUGAAGACGUGGGCAGUCUGAGGGAGAACUUUAGCCCAGCCUAUGACCUGAUGGUGGAUCUGACAGAUCAGUGUAAACAACUGGCCAAAAAUGAGACUACCACCAACUUGGACGGAGAGGGUCUAAUCAAGAGGCUGUUGUCCGUGAUCAACCAACUCCUGUCCGGCAAGCCUUUCCGUGAUAACAGGAAAGUCUCCACCUUUUUGGACAUGGUUGAGGGCAUUGUAGGGCUCACCGGGCUCUUCACCACGCCCCCGGGGCUCAAGAAGUCUUCAAACUACACAGAUCUUAUGCUGCUUUUACAUAAAGGAAGUGUCUUGCCCCAAGGACGAAAAACAUUAUCAGUGACGCACGCCACGUUGGAUAUCCAGAUGGAGGUGGUUGCAGGGGAUCCCUCAAAAUACCCUGACUUUGCUGCAGUGUCACUUCUGACCUAUAAGAAACUUGAAGAAUCUGCCGAUGGAUUUUUUGAUGGUGUAAAAAAACGAGAAGGAGAAACGCUCAAAAUAAACUCUCGAAUAGUGACCAUCACUGUUACCAAUCCAGACACGCACCACCUCAAAGAACCGGUCCUAAUCACAUUGAACCAUCUGCAACAGAAAAAUCAGACAUCCCACUGCGUUUUCUGGGAUUCGUCUAUGAAUGGGGGGGCGUGGUCCACUCGCGGGUGCCAAGUUCUAGAGACAAAUCCAAAAUAUACAGUCUGCUCUUGUAACCAUCUGAGCAGCUUUGCAGUUCUAAUGGCCCUCUAUGAUGUGAAGGACCGAAUUGAAUUGCAGCUCAUAACUUGGAUUGGAAUGUCGCUGUCUUUGAUUUGCCUGUUUAUCUGCAUCCUGACGUUUGGACUGAUCCGCUCUAUUCAAAGUCCAAGAACUAAAAUCCACCUGCACCUCAGUAUCAGCCUCUUCACGGCCUUCUUUAUCUUCCUGAUUGGGAUAUCGCGCACAGAAAACAGGGUCGGCUGUGCUGUGGUAGCGGGACUGCUCCAUUUCUUCUUCCUGGCUUCAUUUUGCUGGAUGUGUCUGGAGGGCAUACAGCUCUUCAGGAUGGUGGUGCUGGUCUUUAACACCUCCUUCAGAACAGUCUACCUGAUGGCAGCCGGUUACGGAGUCCCGGCAGUAAUUGUCUCUGUCUCAGCCCUCGCUAAUGCCAAGGGAUACGGCACGGAGAGAUAUUGCUGGUUAAGCCUGGAUUCCAUUUGGACUUUUUUCGGGCCAGCCUGCAUCAUCAUUUUUGUCAACAUCAUCUUCUUCCUAAUCACUGUAUGGAAAUUGGCGCAGAAGUUUUCAAGUCUUAAUCCUGACCUUGACAAGCUCCAAAAAAUAAAGACAUUCACCAUCACUGCAGUGGCGCAGCUGUGCAUCCUGGGCACAAUGUGGAUCUUUGGUUGCUUCCAGUUUGAGGAAAAUACUAUUGUCGUGUCGUACCUUUUUACCAUCUUUGCCAGUCUUCAAGGAGUUCUUCUCUUUCUCAUGCACUGCUUGUGUUCAAAGCAGGUACGAGACGAAUACCAAAACAUACUGUCCAAAUGUUGUGCACCGCAGAAGAAAUAUUCAGAAUUUGGUUACACGCAUUCCAGCAAAGCACCAGGAUCAAAGAGCACGCAAGACACUGGAGAGUCUAAUAUGUGA